AUGAGUAUCAGAAGCAAGCUCUCGUCGUUGAGAGAAUAUUUGACUCCAAUCAAUAAUGAGUCCAACUUCCGCAAAACUGGCGAAAUUACCCCGGAGGAAUUCGUCAAGGCUGGUGACUACUUGGUGUAUAAGUUUCCCACAUGGAAAUGGGGAACGUGCCCUCCAAACCUUCAGAAGAAGUUCUUACCCGCUGACAAGCAAUUUCUCAUCACCAAACACGUACCUCUGUACCAGCGCGUGGCAUCAUACUUACCUGAGUCCCAGGACGCCACCGAAGAUGACCAAGACCCUGACAGUGACAGCGAAUGGGUUCCACGCAUCAAUACCACCAGCAUCAAUGCCAUGAAGCAGCAACAACAGCAGCAAGACUUGGAUGAUUUGAUGGAUGAUAAUGUGGAGGAUGCGGUGGCCGAAGAUGAUCUUGAUGAGUUUACACAUAUUGAGUCCAAUGAGCUGAAUCUCCGCAAGUACGACCUCUACAUCUCGUACUCCACGUCGUAUCGUGUUCCCAAGAUGUAUUUGGUAGGGUUCAGCGCUAAUGGAAUCCCACUUUUGCCUCACCAAAUGUAUGAGGACAUCUCUGGCGAUUAUAAGGAUAAGACAGCCACCAUCGAGAACUUACCAAUGUCGUACAAUACUACCUCAGUGUCGAUUCAUCCAUGUAAGCACCUGUCGGUGAUGAAAGUGUUCAUGAAGCACGCCAAAGCGAAAGCUACGACGGACACGGAUUUGGCAGCGGAUUUGGACAAGUUGGAUUUGGAGUCUGAAGACGAUGGAAUCCGUGUGGACCAGUAUCUUGUGAUUUUUCUCAAAUUCAUUGCGAGUGUCACCCCGGGCAUCGAGUAUGAUUUCACCAUGGAUGCACUUUGA